CAGCGGGUGGUGGUGGUGGGGGGGAAGGGAGGGAGUCUUCGCCAUAUUGUCAACGGAAACGCGGCACCGUCGUGAGGGAACGACAGCGGCUGGCGUGACUCCGGCUGGAAAUUCGGCUCCCGAGCGUGGAGAGGCGCAGGGCUGAGCGGAGCGAACGGACUAUCCGAGGCCUGGAUUAUCUUAACCGCCGCUACUGAAGCGUGGUCGUCGGUGUCAUCACCGCCGCCCUGCCUCAGUUCCGGCGGGCGAGCUCGAGCCGCCCGGUGCCCUGCUCCCGCUCGGCGCGUCCCCGCUCCCCCGUCGUACCCGCUCGCUCGUUCCCGGCGGCGAGGCUGACGGGCGCGCGGUCGGGUCCGGCUGCGAAGAUGCCGCUCGCUCAGUUGGUGGAUCCCUGGCAGAAAAUGGCUGUAGAGAGUGAGAAAGAGUCACCAUCGUUUCCCCUAUGUAAACCUCUCCACAGCCAGAAACCAACUGAGGGCCCAAGCAGGGGCACUACACUACGUGACUUCACCACUCGAUGUCAGGCUAGUAUUGCCACACAACAUAACAGUUCUCUACACCAUGAGCAGGAUGGCCAACAAAUGGCAGAUGAGCCCAUGUCUGAAGAUGAGGCAGUUCUUCUUCAACCACAAGAUCAAGAAAAUGAACAGGAGAUACCAAUAACAUGCCUUGUGAAAGAAGGAUGUGAAAAGGCUGACCCCUCGCAGUUUGAAUUUCUUAAAGUUUUGGGACAAGGGUCAUUUGGAAAGGUGUUCCUGGUUAGGAAAGCCCAAGGUUCUGAUGCUGGACAAUUAUAUGCUAUGAAGGUGCUUAAAAAGGCGACAUUAAAAGUAAGAGACAGAGUUCGAACCAAGAUGGAACGUGACAUAUUAGUUGAAGUGAAUCAUCCAUUCAUUGUCAAAUUACACUAUGCUUUUCAGACCGAAGGGAAGCUAUACCUUCUGUUGGAUUUUCUCAGGGGAGGAGACUUGUUUACACGGCUAUCCAAAGAGGUUAUGUUCACUGAAGAAGAUGUGAAGUUUUAUCUUGCAGAAUUGGCUCUUGCUUUAGAUCACCUACAUAGUCUGGGAAUUAUCUACAGAGAUUUAAAGCCAGAAAAUAUCUUGCUGGAUGAACAGGGUCAUAUUAAACUAACGGAUUUUGGGUUGAGCAAAGAGUCUAUUGAUCAUGAGAAGAAAGCCUAUUCAUUCUGUGGUACUGUGGAGUAUAUGGCGCCUGAGGUAGUUAAUAGAAGAGGCCAUACUCAGAGUGCUGACUGGUGGUCUUUUGGUGUUCUCAUGUUUGAGAUGCUUACGGGUACCUUGCCCUUUCAAGGGAAGGAUAGAAAGGAAACUAUGACGAUGAUCCUGAAAGCAAAAUUGGGAAUGCCACAGUUUUUAAGUCCUGACUCCCAAAGUCUAUUACGCAUGCUUUUCAAACGCAACCCUGGAAACAGGCUAGGAGCUGGUCCAGAUGGCGUUGAAGAAAUUAAGAGACACUCUUUCUUUUCCACCAUUGAUUGGAAUAAAUUGUGCAGAAGAGAAAUUCUGCCACCUUUCAAACCUGCAAUUGGUAGACCAGAGGAUACUUUCUAUUUUGAUCCAGAGUUUACAGCAAAAACACCAAAAGAUUCCCCUGGUAUUCCACCCAGUGCCAAUGCUCAUCAGCUGUUCCGUGGAUUCAGCUUUGUGGCUGUUGCCUCUGAGGAAGAGCCCCAGCCUAUGCAAACAGCUGUACAUCCAAUUGUACAGUUGCAUAGAACCAGUAUUCAAUUUGUAGACAAUUAUGACCUGAAAGAGGACAUUGGUGUGGGUUCUUACUCAAUCUGCAAACGAUGUGUAAAUAAAUCCACAAACAUGGAUUAUGCUGUCAAGAUAAUUGAUAAAAGCAAGAGGGAUCCUUCUGAAGAAAUUGACAUCCUACUUCGGUAUGGGCAGCAUCCCAAUAUUAUUACCUUGAAAGAUGUGUACCAUGAUGGUAAAUAUGUGUAUCUAGUAACAGAACUCAUGAAAGGGGGAGAAUUGUUGGACAAGAUUCUCAGGCAAAAGUUUUUCUCUGAACGGGAAGCCAGUGCUGUACUGUAUACCAUAACAAACACUAUGGACUAUUUGCAUGCACAAGGAGUGGUGCACAGAGACUUGAAACCAAGUAACAUCUUGUACGUUGAUGAGUCAGGCAAUCCAGAAUCGAUUCGUAUUUGUGACUUUGGAUUUGCUAAACAGCUGCGAGCUGAUAAUGGACUUCUCAUGACUCCAUGUUACACAGCUAAUUUUGUUGCUCCUGAGGUCUUAAAACGACAAGGAUACGACGCAGCUUGUGAUAUCUGGAGUCUUGGGGUUCUCCUUUACACUAUGCUCACAGGCUACACACCCUUUGCUAAUGGACCUGAUGACACUCCUGAAGAAAUAUUGGCAAGAAUAGGCAGUGGAAAGUUCAGCCUGACUGGAGGUUAUUGGGAUACAGUUUCUGAUGUUGCGAAGGACCUUGUAUCAAAAAUGCUUCAUGUAGAUCCACAACAAAGAUUGUCUACUACCCAGGUCCUCCGACAUCCCUGGAUUGUUCAUCGGGAUAAAUUGCCACAAUUUCACUUAAACCGUCAGGAUGCACCUCAUCUCGUGAAGGGGGCUAUGGCUGCUACAUACUCUGCGCUGAACCGCACACCGUUACAGCCUGUUCUUGAACCAGUUGGCUGCUCAAAUCUGGCCCGAAGAAGGGGUGUUAAGAAACUUACCUCAACUGCUCUUUAAAGUGACCUCUGAAACUGGAUUCACAGCAGCCUUAGACAUUCACGCAUCUCAAGAAAGAGCAUCCCAUCCCAGUUGUCUUGAUAUGCUGCUUUUUGUCUUCUGCUAGUCCUGCUUUCAACAAUUGAAUACCAGGAUAUUGGGGAUGUUAAUCUAUGGAUGGAAUGUGAAGCAGAAUUCCUGGGAACAAAGGUUAAAUGGGUAAAAGCAAGGAAACUUGGCAUUACAAUGAACACUGUUACCUGUAUUUGUAAAUUAGCAUUAGAAAAAGCACUCAGUGAAUUUCUACUAGGAAUGUGUACGUCCUCCUGGACUGUUGUAAUUAGGGAUUUUUUUUCUAAAGUUUAGCACUUGGGCUAAUGUAUAUUCUAUACAUGUCAUCACUGUAAACCAUGUGCCAUUUUUGAAUGCCAUGACCUUUCCAUUCUUGUUUCUUCUUCCCAACAUAAUCCUCCAUUAGGCUGUUUCUUAUUAUCAAUGGUUAAUUCCACAUUUCUGAUCAGUGCUCCAUGGUUGAAAGUUCUACCAGAUAUUUGUUAGCAGCCGAGGGACACUAUCUCCUUGCCUGCAUCUUGAAUCAAUUGCUAAACAAUUAAAUCUACUGUAAUCUAUACACCUUUGAAGACACAGCCUACUUACUACUAUAGCAUGUAUUUGAGUCUUUUACUUUUUAUGUGAAACAAUGUUUAUAAUCUUAUAUAAUUUUGUAUGAUACGGUGAGGGUGAUAGUCAUGCUGAAGGGCAGAAUGGCAAAAACAAAGCAUUGAAUUUCUGAAAUGGAUUCACCUUGGCAUUUGAGUUGGUGAUUUUGAACAGAAACCAAUUGAAAAUCACUUGCUGUGUGGAUCCAUCAUAUCUUCAGCCUUAACAGUCUUAAAUCAUAGUUUCAAGAUAUUGCAGCCUUUAAGAUUCCUUAACAUUGGGAUGUGAUUGCACAUAUUCAAAAAACACAUUUGUGUUACCAUUCAGUAUCAUAGCUUGAAGGGGAAAGGUGUAAAGAUGAGGGAUGUAAUUAUUUUGACAUUGAAAAUCUACUUGGUGAAUUUCUAAAUGAAGCCGUAUCAAAGAUGUAAUAUUUUUCUAUACUUCUAUAAAUCAACUUUAUAUCAGACUCUACCACACAACAUGGCACUGAAGUGGAUGUAUAAGGAAUUUUUAUACUGUCUUUACCAAAGUGUGAAUUUGGUAGCAGUCUGGAGUCAGGCUUAGCUGUUACUUGCUGGGCAAUGCUACCAGUUAACUGGAUUGAUUAGAAUAGUCAAUGCUUAAGAGAUUGACUUAAUUGUGCCUCAUUCUGAUACAGAAUCAGUGUUUUCAUGUGAAAAAUCAAUGUUACCCUGGCCUGUUCCCAGGUGCAACUAGGAAUGGAAUCAAAUCUAUUAGUACUUGUGUUGUGCCUUUUUAUGGGCUGACAAUUUUUUUUGUAAUCAUGAGGGGGAAAAAAACAAAAUUUAUACAAAUAAAAUGUCAAACUUUAAA